UUGUCCACUAUUAUUUGCUGGUCGAUAAAAUUGGCCGAUAAAAGCAUUUUAACCCCUUCAGACCUAAGCAGCUGCUGAAGGACAACCAUAAAUACACUGAAAUUAGUUGCUAUUGCCACUUCUGGGAGAUGAUUGGAUAAAACUUUACUCAUUGAAAUCAAAUCAUGAGGUUUAGCACACCCUCUUUGCUCUUUUUAGCUCUUUGAAAAUGGCUCACCAAAAGCAAUUUCAAAAACGGUAACGUAAAGUGCUCAUUUCUCAUUUAAAAUAAUAAAUAAAAGCCUGAAAUAUCCCUGACCAAAAAUUUGCACUUUGUUCUGGUUUUUGAGUAAAAAUCAACACAGAUUUUUUUUUUUUUUUUUUUGCCCAUCAGAAAAAAUGCGGGUCUGAUGGUGUUAAAACGAUAUCGGAUGAUAUCAAAAUCUGUUUUUCCGUUAUCGGUUUUGUUGCCUUCAAAGUGAGUUACGAAGCCUUCUGCCUUUGUACAAGGGCUGGUCACAGCAGUUAUGCUUAUUGACCAUUAGAUGUCUGUAGCUAAAGUACUUGGGAUUUGUUUUGUGAGCAAAUAUUGUGCAUUUAAUGUGCAAAAAUGAAAUGAACAAUAAAUGAUUGAAAAAUAAUGAAUUUGUUAAGUCCACGACCGCUUAUAUCGGUAUCAGAUUUUUGGAGUAAUAUCUGGAUAUUGGUUAAAAAGUCAUUAUCGGACAACUCGGGUAUUUAUCAGUGCUUCAAAAGGGCCCUGACACGGAAAGAAACUCCUCAACUUCUGCCAUAAGAUACAAAAGCAGCAAUUUAUAAAAUUAACUACUCAUCCAGUGAUAAGAAAAAUAACACCAGGCUUCAUCUUUUAUGCUUAUUAUUCAGCUUGUAAAGUGGAAAUUACAAGCAGAACACAACAACAAUGUGGCAGGAUUCAGAUUCAGAACCUGUAGCCCGUAUGUCCAACCCUGUGGUGACCAGUCAACCAGGCGCAGGCGGCUACGGCACCAACGUCCAAACUGGACAGUGGAGCACAGGCCUCUGCGCUUGUUGCAGUGAUUUGUUGAUUUGUGCUUUUGGCUGCAUCUGCCCGACUGGCCUGGCCUGCUACACUGCGGACAAAUAUGGCGAAAACUGCUGCUUGGGAUUCGUGCCUGGUGGCUUGACGGCGAUGAGGACCCACAUGAGGCUCACGUAUGGCAUCGAGGGGACAGUCUGCAACGACGCCCUCAUGUCAUGCUUCUGUGGCCUCUGCGAGUUGUGCAGAAUGGCCAGAGAGAUCCGCAUCCGGAAUGGAGAGACUUCACCAUAAUAGCAAGACCCCAGGAGUCGUCGUCCGCCAUAUGAUCAUUUUAAAUAAAAAUAUAUUUGUAUUAAACCAUCUUGCAAAUAUAUUUGGCCCGUAAGAGUUGGUUUUCCCUGGUUGAGCUUUUAAUUUUUGUUUUGCCUCUUCAGGAAUAAAGGUGCGUGGGAAUUUACUGCAUUUUACGUAUUUUACACGUUCACCCUUUGCCUGAAAAAAAUGCAUAUUUAUCUGCAUAACAUAUCAUUGAGUAUUUUUGUGAUAUUAGCCUCUAGUAAAAUACUUUUGAAGACAGUCAAGCGUGUACUUUAAAACAGCAAUAAAUUGUUCAGCUUUAACCCGAUUUUUAAACGGCUAAAUUUUCUUAGACUUAAGAGAUGCAGUCAUUUUACUGCAUAUUUAUAUGCAUAUCAUAUUAAUCAUUGAGUAUUUUUU